AUGGAUCAUGAGCUCCAUUGGCAAGAGACCGUGAGGUGGGUUCUCCUCGUCUUGUCAUCUGACAUUGUCCCGAACCUCCCUGCAAAGAAUGCGCUUGUUUCUAUAUUGGUGACUCGGGUCCUUGAUAUCUACAAGAAGGGCGCCAGUCUAUCGUAUCCCUCGCUUCGUGUGUAUCUGCCUAUGACUUUGUCACAUGGACUCUUUACCGUUGGGAGCUCCGAUGAGUUGGAGUCCGAUGAGGAGUCAGCUCUGGGCCCCGGAAUCUCAAGUUCCAUUCCUUCUUUCUAUUUUUCAUUUCUCGACAACCGGACCGAGGUGCACACUCACGCAAAGGCUUCCCACAUGCUGUACCACCUUGGUUCCAAGGCACUGGUUGGAGACCAGCGAGACUUAAUGCGCUUGACACCGAUAGCAGGAUCAAGAUGGAAAGCUCUCACACAAUCUAAGGUGAAAAAGGUGAUUUUGGCACCGCCCAAGCCUGUAACUCCUGGAGAUCAGAUAAUAGCACACAUAUUUCAUGGGCGAAAUGUCCAAAAAGUUAGCAUAUUUCUGACUGAUUUUGGGACUGCCAAUCGCGGCAAGCUCAAUGCACUAGGCUGUGAUUCCCGUUCGCAUCAUCAACGCCUCAUGUUGCUUUUGGCGCCAGCUUCGCAUCGCCGCUGUCUGAAUUUGGUGAUCGAGCGCUCUCACCCCCACCUACUGUACUUGCUGGCCCAUUGCCGCCCAAAAAAAAAAGUCCUCUGCAGUUCCCAACCCUCCUGACUCUCAGUCGAGCAUUCGGUUGACAGUCACAGUUGUUCGCGCUUUCGAUCUCCCCAAGAUUUCUAAAAUGGUACGCCUUGGUCGCAGGAGCAAAGACGGUAGAUUCUAUGUCGUACUGUCUGUUGAUGGACAACGGGAGAGGGCCAAGAUCGCUGACUCAGGCAGUGCUCCCGAGUGGAACGAAUCUUUUUGUUUUGAGGCCCAUCAAUUCUCAGUUCUAAAGCUCGACAUCUGCGCCCACCGUAAAUUCAAGGAUACGCACAUCGGCGGCAUCGUUGAAUCAAUAAUAGCUUUAUGGCCUUCGGUACUUGACGGUGGGAAUCGCGACUUCACCGAGACGAUCUCUGAGGGAACGAGUGCCCGUGUCGAAGUACAUCUUGAGAUCAAAAUCGAAAGUUCGCAAACAGAAAUGGCCAAUAUCCGUAGAAGCGCUGAGGAUGUCUUAUUCAACAUGCAAUCCCCCACAAAACCUAUCGCCUUGGCAAUCAGAGCUUCAGCAGCCGCUCUUGAACCUGGGAAGGAGUUCGUCGAUAAUUCGACGCCUCUCUUGAACAAGGUCAAGAUAUUCUAUGACUUGAUGGACGGUAUCGCUGAAGUGCAUCCGUACGCCAAAAUGGCCUGGAGCAUCAUAUCGAUACCACAGAAGAUGGACCGCGACGAUCGAAUGCAUAGCCUCUUUGCGACCAUGAACUCCUUUUACAACAUCGUCAGUGACCUAGAAAAUGAGCCCGAGAUGAGACACACUUUACAAGACCUGCUGCAACUAGCAAAACAAACCACGGAAUGCUUAUACUUCAUCCGUGACUAUGCAAAGACCAAGAGCUUCCGUGAGCAUGAUCUCACGUCGAAUACCAUUCUCCUGGCUAACGCUCUCCUCACAGUAAAACGAACAGGACAGCAGUUGUUCGCCACAACAGAUGACAAGAUCGACGCAUACUGUACUGUGUUUGUCAAAUUCAAGGAGGAAUUGUACAGCAGAGUGGCCGUUCAGACUAUGAUUGCUGCGAAGAAGACCGAGAUUGUCGUAACGCACAUCCUUGACAACCUUGUCGCAACCACCGAUGUCAAUUUGGACGACAUUCCGUACGCGAAUGUCGCCAACUUUGACGAGUCAAAGGGAUGCCUGCCAGGCACUCGUGUAGACAUUCUGGAAGAGAUUGCUAAUUGGAUCAACAAGGAGGAUGCUCCCCGCACCCUCCUGCUCUCUGGUGCCGCGGGAACUGGCAAAUCCGCUAUUGCGCAUACCAUCGCCCAUCGCUUCAAGAACAUGAAUCGUCUCGGAUCUUCUUUCUACUUUGUGCGUAGCCAGAUCGAUCGCGGCCCAGGUAAGCUGUUCCCGACUGUGGCUCGUGAUUUGGCCGACUUCAACAAGGGCAUACGUCACGCGCUACACGAGGUUGUCAAAGACAAUAAAGCACUGCGUGUCACGUCCAAGAUUACCCAGCAGUUCAAUAACCUCAUUCUCCAACCUGUCGCGAGGCCUACCAUGACUGGACCCCUCGUCAUAGUUAUCGAUGCUCUAGAUGAGAGCGGGGAUGCUCAAGCUCGCGAAGACUUGCUUCGGGAGCUGGCCAGCAAAACCAAAGCCCUUCCCUCCAAUUUCCGCAUCCUCAUUACAUUCCGCCCAGAACCAGAUAUCAUGCGCGCGUUCCAAGCCUGCGACCAUAUGGCAUCGACGAGGAAUGCAGGCGCACGCUCGUCUCCAGAUGCGAAGGGUUAUUCUAGUGGGCAUCUGUCGCUUGUAAAUUCAUCAAAGGUGUGGGGAUGCCAGGAUCCAACCCUAGGGAACGAUACGAGCUUCUUGUCCAGGUCGGGAGGCUCUUUGGUCAUGGUCAGAUUCAAGCGCGUCAUGGCCCUUGUACUGACUGCAUUUGAACCUCUCUCUGUUGAAUCAUUGAACCAAAUCCUCCAUGCUGCCAACGACGGAAAUGCAGGAUUUAAGACGAACGUCAUCCUGGACUACAUGGGCUCUCUGCUAAGCGGAGUGACCGGGAACGAUGCUAUCCGUCCUUUGCAUACUUCAUUUCGCGAUUUUUUGCUGGAUCGUUCUCGCAGCGUUGACUUCUACAUAGACACUUCAAAGACUCACGUAGACUUCACGGUCGCCUCAUUGUACAUCCUGAAGAAGGAACUGAGGUUCAAUAUAUGCCACUUGGAAUCCUCACAUGUGGCAAACAAGGACAUGCCCGGCCUCGCCGAUCGUAUGAAGGAAUACGUGGAAGUGAUACUCUCAGACAAAUUUCUUUUCUGGCUCGAGGUGAUGAGUCUUCUCGAGGCCGUACCUGGGGCCGCGCAAGCUACACAUUUUCUUGUAAAGUGGAGUUCGUGUUUAGAUUCUGGCCAAAUAUCUGAAAUGGCAAUUGGUGCGCAUGCAUUUGUCAAUGCAUUCGGGUUCCCAAUGGCACAGUCUACCCCGCACAUCUAUCUGUCUGCCUUGCCGUUCGCUCCACAAAGCUCUACUGUAUUCAAAAGGUUUGGGAAGGACUUUCUUCAUGUUCUGAAGGUCUCGGCUGGGGCCAAUAACCACUGGCCAGCUGCCCAACAUAUCAUAUAUACAAGGGAUGUAGUUGAGUGUCUAGCCAUCUCGCCCGACGGGUCAUGCAUCGCGUCAGGGUCGUACGAGUCAACAAUAUGGGUGUGGGAUGCGACAACAGGUGCUGCUUUGGGCGAUCCUCUCAAGGGACACAGAGAUUCGGUCAGAUCCGUGGCUUUCUCGCCAGACGGAUCGCGGAUAGUGUCAGGCUCGGAUGACAAGACCAUCAGGGUAUGGGAUGCGGCAACGGGUGCUGCUGUGGGUGACCCCUUCGAGGGACAUACAAAUUCGGUCAAUUCUGUUGCUUUCUCACCCGACGGGUUGCGGAUUGUGUCAGGCUCGGACGACAACACCAUCCGAGUAUGGAAUGCGGCGACGGGUGCUGCGGUGGGCGACCCAUUUCAGGGACACACACAAUCCGUCAAUUCUGUGGCUUGCUCGCCAGAUGGGUCGCAGAUCGUGUCAGGCUCAUAUGACUCCACAAUUCAGAUGUGGGAUGCGGUGACAUGCGGUGCUAUGGGUGACCCUAUCGAGGGACACACAAAUCUGGUCAAUUCUGUUGCUUUCUCACCCGACGGGGCGAGGAUCAUGUCAGGCUCGGGGGACAAGACUAUCCGGGUGUGGGAUGUGGCUACGCAUGCUACUAUAGGCGACUUUCUGGAGGGACACACAGAUUGGGUCAUAUCUGUUGCUUUCUCUCCAGACGGGAAGCGGAUCGUGUCAGGCUCGAGAGACAAGACCAUCCGGGUGUGGGAUGUGAACACGCGUGCUGCUGUUGGCAACCCUCUGGAUGGACAUGCAGAUUUGGUCAGAUCCGUUGCUUUCUCGCCGGACGGGUCGCGCAUCGUGUCAGGCUCAGCCGACUGCACGAUACGGGUGUGGGACACGGCGACAGGUGCUCCUGUGGGCGAUCCUCUCGUGGGACACACAAAUUGGGUCCAUUCUGUUACUUUCUCGCCAGACGGGUCGCGGAUAGUGUCAGGCUCGUCCGACAGCACGCUCCGGGUGUGGAAUGCGACCAUCGUUCGGCCUGCCCCGAUCUACAAGGUCGAAACUAGCAGUACUCUUUCCACAAUUUCCAGCAUGCAUCCCACCUCCAUUCUCAUCUCGCCUCAUCUAGAACACGCACUGCACCUAGAUGUCCUUUAUGAGUCUGCGCCAGGGUCUCAAGGGGACUAUCGUACAUAUAGACACACGGACAGUGAUGGUUGGAUAGUGGGUCCAGCAUCAGAACUGUUAUUCUGGGUGCCCGCCGCGUACCGCAACAAGUUAUGGCCCGGUUCAAGGCUGAAGAUUGUCGCAGGAAGGGACUAUAUGCAGCUGAACCUCAGUCAAUUUGUCCAUGGAAAUUCGUGGCAGCAGUGUUACCAUCCUUCGCAGCCGCCCUGAUUCAGAUCAGAGUCUUUCAUCUCUUUCCGCUAUGUACGAAGUACUUAGUUUCUAGAUGCCGUGCUUUGUGAU